AUGUCGUCUCAUAUAAUUCAAGGCUAUGUUCUAGUCGUUAUUUUCGCAGCCACAGGCAGCGUAGCCUCCUCCCCGGCCAGCAGCCGCGUGCGUCUGGGCAUGCCGUUUUUCGAAGGCGCCUCGCUCACUUUCUGCCCGGACUGGUGGGGCAACAGCAGCUACCCGUGGUUGACUCGAGGCCGGGACGCCGAAGCCAUUCGCAUCAUCGCAGCUCACUCUCACCACCAGCACGGCUGCGUGGAUGUGGGCCAAAUCAUCAAGGGUACGGGUGGUGAUGCUUGCGCCACAUGAAUCACGUCUCCGGAUCCGUAUGAGCUGCUGGACCGGCAGCUCGUGGACCUGUACGGGGCGGCCUUGCCGUGGAGGCGAGGGAAUGGCUCGGGCGUGGCCUACCUGUACCCGCACGCACGCGACGACCUGUGCAUCAGAGGUCGCCGGGCAGAGUUCGUCCAAAGGAGCAUUUUCGAGGCGUUUCGCCUCGACUUGUGGCUGGCCACUUUGGGAUUCCAGAUCGUUCUUGCCUCAAUAAUGCGGUUUGUGUGCAAGCUGAGCUUCGGGCACGCGGCCCUCUUGGUCACGGAAACCUUCCUCACGGGCUCUUUCUGCCGACGCCACCGCUGGCUGAGGGUGUUCGGGGCCGUGUUCAGCCUCGUCGUCCUCAACAGCUUCUCCGGGGUCUUCACCAGCUUCCUCGCCGCCCCCAAGCGAGGGCCCGAGAUCGAGACCCUGAAAGAGGCGGACGCCGCCUACCGACGCAUCUACGCCCGCGGCCACAUCCAAGGCACCUUCAAGUCCUUCAUGGGCUCCCAAGACGAUCUGCUCCGGAUCGGGGCGAAGCUCUCGGGCGGGACGUUUGAUUGGGAUUUAAUAGAAGAGUUGAAAGCUGGCACAAGCGCCUUUAUGGAUACAGACAUAGCUUUUGAAGGUUUAAUACGGGAGGUAUUUCCACAAUUUUUGACAGCGGGGAAAAAAUUACCGUUGCUUCGAAAAAUCCCUGAGUGUGUCUUUUCGCCAGGGUACGUGUCUUUUCCCGUUCGUAAAGACUGGAAAUACACAGGUAGAUACGAUGCCUUAUUGCAAAGGUUGGUUGCAUCUGGGAUCAUAGACAAAAUUACACAGGAUGGGCUAAAAAACACGACCAUGAAACAAACUGAAUUCUUGAAUUAUGCGAAUGACGCUUAUAAGUUUUCGGUUGAAAAACUAACUCUUGACCACUUUCGGGAAGCGUUCCUCAUCCUAGGAAUUGGCUUGAGUCUUGCUACAAUCUCUUUCGUAAUUGAAGCUUACACUAAUUAACUCGAGAAACAUUACAUAGAAUGAAAAGUAAUACAUUCAUCUUCAGAACUCAGUUUAAUGUGAUGGUAGAAUCAGUACUUUAUGUGAAAAUACUCCUAAAUGGAGGUUGUAUGUUUCUGCCAAAUUAGGAUAUUCAUGUAUUCAGUAUCUAACAAAGUACUUUGUCACCUAAUUUCAGAAUCAACAGCAUCUCAUAAAAAAGCUUGUCAUAAUCGACUCUGUUCUACAUGAAUACUUUACCCUCAUAUACGAGUAGCAGCUGAUUUAAAUUACUCCUUUAAUUUGAGAAACAAGUAAAAUUCACUUUUCUGCAUCUUUGUUUCUUUUGUAUUUGGGAUUUACACAAGCAAAAAGACAAAUUAAAAGACUAUUCUGAACUACCUAAAAACUACAAUAUUAUAGGUAAAUAAUCUGAAUUACGGUAUGUUGUUGGAUUAGUAUUUUGCGGUAUAUUUUGUUUUUGCAUGGAAUUGAAUUCAAU